GGUAGGCCCGCGCAUGCCUGUUGCCGGGCGUUUUAUUUAAAACUGCACGUACGCAAUUUUUCACAGACGUUCAUUCUUUGAAUAAAAGGGCUUAUUAUUCGUGAAUAGUUUGUGCUUAUGAAUUUGAUUUCAUCUGUGUGGACUUCAAGAUGGCUUUCUACUAUGUAUCUAGGUUGGACUCUGUGUUAUCGAGCUGUUACCAGCGCUGUGUGUCUUUCAUAUUCGACCAUAUCCAACAGCAUCGCUUUGUGCCUCUCAAGGCAUGACACUCAACCAGCAAGCAGCUUGGAUAAGAUCAAGUGUAUUUUAACCGUCUAUUGGCGAAUCCUUGUUUGUGUUCUAACGCCAGUCAUUUUGAUAUCACUACUCUCAUUUCCACCAAAGCCAUACCAAUGGUGUGCAUACACUUUAGUGUUGAUGGCUGUUUACUGGGUCAGUGAAUGCAUCCCAUUACCAGUGACAUCUUUCCUGCCGAUCAUAAUUUUCCCCAUCACUGGUGUUAUGAGCACAACUGAAGUGUGCAUGUGUUAUAUAAAUGACACAAUACUAAUGUUCCUUGGCAGCAUGAUAUUGGCAUAUGCUGUGGAACAAUCUGGACUUCAUAAGCGUUUGGCUCUUCUCGCCAUCAGGUCUAUUGGCUACUCCCAUUACAGAUUAUUAUUUGCUAUGUGUGCUAUAACUAUGUUUAUAUCCAUGUGGAUAACGAACACGGCAGCAACUACAAUGAUGGUUCCAAUAAAUUUUGCUCUACUCAAAGUUUUUGAAGAGCACAAUCUACUUACUAUUUAUGAUGAAGAUGAAAAUGGUGAAAAAGUUGCCUCCGACAUAACAACAUGUUAUUUUUGUGCAGCAACAUUCUCUGCAACAUUUGGUGGCAUUGGUACUCUCGUUGGAACAGCUACGAACUUCGUGUUCAAAGGUUUAUUUUCAAAAGCCUAUCCAGUCGCACCAGAAUAUCUGUCGUUUCCAAAAUUUUCUGCCUUUUCAAUACCGUACAUGUUGAUGAUGGAAGGUGCCAUGUACCUUUAUUUAUUAAUUGUUUAUUUUGGAUUUCUAAGACCAAAAAGUGCUGCAGCAGAAAAGGCAAAAUUAACACCAGAGGGUAUAGAAGCAGCUAAAAAAACAGUGACCGAAAAUUUACAAAGCUUGGGUAAAAUAACAUUCUGGGAAAUUCAAGUCAUAAUUUUAUUUAGCUUAGCCAUCGCAUUAUUCUUCUGUCGUGCACCGCAAAUAUUUCAUGGAUGGGGAGAUGAAAUUGUCCGAUACUUCAAUUUAGAAGAUUCCAAAUUUUUGAUGGACUCCGCUGCGGCUCUAUUUGUCGCAUUUUUAAUGUUACUUUUACCGUCAACCUUGAAGUUUUUUGAUAAUUUUAAAGCUAAAGAAUAUGACGAACUUCCAAAUUCACCUAUACCUUCUGUCCUAAACUGGACUGCACUGAAUGAUGUAAUGGGUUAUAGCUUUAUGUUUUUACUAGGCAAAAGAAAUUCAACAAAAUCCUUUAUGGUACAAUAUUGCUUCUGGGUUUUCAGCAUCAUACGCUUUAUGUCUUCCAGUUGGUACACCAGGAAACUUAAUAGUGCAAAGUGUUGCAAAUAUUCCUACAAUGAAAAUGAUAAAAGCGGGCAUUGGCCCUACAAUUUCAACAAUUAUUAUAUCGUGGCUUUUCAUGUGCUUUUGGGGACCAGUUAUUUGGCCUGACUUACACCAAUUGCCCGACUGGAUAAACAAAACGAAUACAAGAUAUUUCAGUAAUUAGUUAGACAUAUCACAUGAUACUCAAAAUAAGCUGAUUUUUUUUUAUACUUUUUAAUUAAUAUAUCAUUUAUUUGUAGUAUCUCUAUUAUUUGUAAACUUGUUUUCAAACCAUAAUAAAUUAUUUUGUCGUCUUUAAA